GAUUAGUAUAUAUAUAGUCAGAACAAGGUAAAAAGUAUUCAUAUUAGAUAUCAGACUGUUGAAGAAACAACUCUAAAAUUUUGAAAAAAGAAUCAUUUGUUGUGGAUUCGAAUUGUGUUUUGACCGUUCUUGGGAAUUAUAUUUUGAUAAUUGGAAAAGAAUAAAAAUGAGUUUUCGUUCUUUACAAACUGAUCGGGAACACUCUACAGAAAAUGUUCAGCUUCACAGACAACUUUGUAGACAGAGAUCAAAUUCUACUCCCACUUUGUGUAAUGUAGCAUCUGGAGACGUUAAUGCAAAAGACAGCAAAGGUCGUACGUUGUUGUAUUAUGCUGCUAAAUAUGGACAGACGGAAAUAGCUAGAUCUUUGUUAGAUGCUGGAUGCGAUCCUAAUAUUACUGACUGUAACAAAAGCACUGCUCUUCAUGAGGCCACUGAUGGUUCUCAUCUCGAUGUGAUCAAAUUACUUAUCAAAAGUGAAUGUGAUUUGAAUAUUAAAAAUCUCCAAGGCCAGACAGCAUUGAUGAGAGCUGUAUUGUUUGAUGAUAUUGCAACUGUUAAGAUUCUCCACAAAGCAGGUGCAAAUGUUGACGAAACAGAUUGUACUGGAAAAACAGCUUUACUUAUUGGACUUCAAGAAGGUAGAGAAAAAUCCUGUGUCUAUCUCAUAAAGCAUGGUUGUGAAGUGAACAUCGUGGAUAAACUAGGACAAACAGCAUUAUACCUAGCUACACACACUACCGUAAAAUGUUCACCAAGUGUGUGUAAAAAACUGAUCAGCGCUGGAUAUAGACUUGAUAAUGAUUCCGAGUGGUUACCUAAAGACUUACUGAAAGGUCUUACUGAACGUGGAAGGAAUAUCCUUGGUCGCUUCUUGAAAAUUUUCAAUAAGAAGAAACAACCGUGUAAUUUGGAAUUUGUUCCUGAGGAAACUGACGAACUGGAAUUUCCGAAUUUUCGAAUUUUAGAUAUCUGCACAUAAAUAUAUUUUCGGUGAAGAAUGAAAGUGCUUUUAAGACAAGUUUUAUUGAAUACAUGUAAAUUUCCGUAUUUUCGUAUUUGUGAGAAAGAAUGUGAAGCAAAGAUCAAUGAAAUCCAAGACUAAUAUUGUAUUUAUAUAAAAAGAAAUUCAGUAUUAUAUUUAAACUAUUUAUUUGACAAAUCGAUUACAUGUACAUGUACGUGUACAUGUAUGUAUAAC